AUGAAAAACAGCACAACAUUAAAAGGAGUUACAAAUGCAUUCUAAUAAAUUGUAAUAUCGGCAAAAUAGAAAGAAGAUUAAGAACGUCGAAAUAUGAGUAUUUUAGAGAAGGUGGCUACUCUUUGGUAGAGAGAUAGUUCACACACUAAAACAAUACAGUUACAAAGAACUAUAUAUAUUUUGAAGUAAUACUCGUAAAAUAGAACAGAUGAAUAACUGGAAGCAGUUAAAACCUAUUUUGAAGAAAACUUCCCUUAUUAUAGUAAAUUCAAAGAGAAGUUGGAUCAUGAAAGUUGCAAAUCUCUAUUCAGAGAGAUGACACUUGAAUGGUAUGACAGCACAAAAAUCAUAUUCAGACAUGGCGAUCCUGGAAGAAGAAUGUACUUUGUUCUUCAAGGUGAAUUAGUAAUCUUAAUCCCAAAAACUAAAAAUACUACAGAAAAUCCACCUCAAAAGAAACAAAAAUUCAAUUCUUUUGAAGAAUGGGUCAAAUUUGUUUUUGCUGAUUAUACACAAGUUGCAACCAAAAUAGAAGGGGAUUAAUUUGGAGAAAUAGCAAUCGAACAGAAAGUUACUAGAACAGCUACAGUUGCUGCUAAAACAGAAGUCAUUCUAGCAGUCAUCACGUAUGAUCUGUAUUAAAGAAUACUUGGAGCAUUCCAACAUGAAUUAACAAAUCAGAAAAUAGCUUUUAUUUCUAAAAUACCCAUUUUCAGUGUGUGGCAACGUUAGAAUCAAUUAGUUUUAUUAUAAAGUCUUGAGGUUUAAAAUAAGAAGGUUGGAUAAUUUGUUUUUUAAAAAGGGAAACCUGAUGAAUACAUUUAUCUAGUAAUAAAUGGGGAGAUUGAAGUUGUUUAAUGGUCAAGUCCCAAUAAAGAGUAAGCGUCCAAUCAUCACAAUUUUGUACCUAAACCUAGUAUCAUGGCCAUUAUCAAUUCUGGCUAAUUUUUUGGAGAUUUUGAACACUUCAAAUAACUCAACUGUAGAAUUACUACUGCCAAGGCCAAAACAGAUUCCACUUACUAUAGGAUCAAAUACCGAUAACUAUUAGACUAUUUCCAACUUUAUUCAUCCAUCGAUGAUUUCCUUAAAUAUGAAAAUGUGAAAUUCUAGAUCCAGAGUCAUCUUGGUCAGAGAACUACUCAAAAUCCGAAUUUGACUGAAAGAAUUGGGGAUGAAGUGUAUUAAUUUGAUCUGGAUUAAAUCAAAUCGUCAUAUUAUAAGAAAAUAAAAGUAGAAUAAUAAAUUGACAAGUUGAAAAAGAAAAUGGAAAGAACUGUUGAAUAAGCACAAAAGGCUAUUUAUUAUUAUGAAAUAGAGAAUCUGAAAUAGAGCAUUGAAAACAUUGAGACUAUCCAAGCUGAUAAGUACUCUUUCUUAGUUCCUUUCAGAAGUGAUCCAUAUGUAAAUGAAAUGAAUCUCAUCAGAUCUGAAACUAGGUAUCAAAGAAACAGAACACAAAUGCAAUCUGAAAAUGAUCUUAGAAGCAAGGACUUGUAACUUAGUCUCAGAUCCAGCAUUAAGACUUAAGGCUAAGCUAGAUCCCAAAGUUAGUCGAAUUUCAAUUCUCUAACUUAUGCUAAGAUCAUGUAAAACAAACUCAAAAAGCUCUCCAUUAAUGUCUAACCAACUAUUGAUAUCAAUAAAAAUUAGUUUUCUUCAUCUAAAACUACGAAACUUGAUCAUCAUCAAACUAAUGUUGAAGACAUUCAUAAUGUUAGACUAGAUUACACUCCCAUCUCUAAUUAGUAGUUAUUCACAAAAAAGAAACAUUAAGGAGGUGUGUAUAAGUUCUAAAUUAAAUCAUCAUACUGA